GUAAAAGUUCAGCGUAAAACAAAACUAAAACUAUUUUUCUAAAGUCUGAAGUCGACAUUUGUUUUCACUUGAAAUUUAAUCGGAAGUUUAAUUUUUAAUUUUGUUAUUUAUAAGAAAGUGCGUAAAAAAUGCUAUCCCAGUUGACCGUAAGAAGAAUUCAAAAGGAGAUGGGAAUGCUUCAGCAAGACCCGAUAAUAGGCAUUAGUGCCGAACCAGUUGACGAAAAGUUAGAUAAAUGGUUGGGAAAAUUUCGCGGUCCGGAAGGUUCUCCAUAUGAAAACGGAGAAUUUAAAGUUUCAAUUAUUUUUGGUGCAGAUUAUCCAUGUGGACCACCUAAAGUGAGAAUGAUUACCAAAGUGUUUCAUUGCAACGUAAGUGUGCAUGGUGGAAUUUGUUUAGAUAUAUUGAAGAGAAAUUGGUCACCUGCUUUAACGGUUCAAAAAUUACUUCUAUCAUUAAUGUCGCUUCUGGCAGAUCCGAAUCCAAGGCAUGGACUAAAUCAGGAUGCAAUAAACAUGUAUUUAAUGGAUAAGAAGCAAUAUGAAAAGACAGCGCGUGAAUGGACAGAGAAGUACGCUUAACCAGUUGAUGUCAAGUCAUAUGCAAAUGCAGAAUAAAUGGAUUA